GAUCUCUCAGUUACAGCAGAGACAGGGACAGACGCACUCUCACAGUCUGUCCACUGUGUUAACCUUUCUACGCUUAGGACAAAAAUAUUAUUAUAACAUAACUUUUUCUGGAUUACUAUUUUCAUAUUCCCUUUAACAGCAAAAAAACAGGAAUAUUUUUCUUUUUGUUUGGUUUUCUCAGCCUUUUGGGCCUGAACUGCCACCAAGGAAACGGGAACAACAGAGGAGGAGAAGACAGACAGACAAAUAGAAAGCUAUAGAUCAGCCUGAGAGAGACGGAUGUGUACGGAAGAUGAGUCCGGCUUUAGAAGCGCUGAUGGAGGGGUGUAGAUACCCAGGGAAAGGAGAAAUGAAGGGAGGAGUGAUGUUGGAACCAUUUGUCCAUCAAGUCGGCGGCCACUCUUGUGUACUGCGGUUUGGGGAACAGACCAUCUGUAAACCACUAAUACCCAGAGAACACCAGUUUUACAAGAGCCUGCCACCCGAGAUCCGCAAAUUCACUCCACAGUACAAAGGUGUGGUGUCGGUGAGUUUUGAGGAAGAUGAGGAGGGGAAUCUGUGUUUGAUAGCAUACCCACUCCACAGUGAUCCAGCUGAUUUGGAAAACAAGGAGCCCUCUGCUGAUGGAGAGCCCAAGAAUAAGCUUGUUAAGUGGGGGAAAAAGAAACCAUCAGGCCUUCUACCAGAAAUCGAGAGAGCCAGACAGAGCCGCAAAGAGGACAAGGGCAAAAGUAAUCGGGAUGAUAAGGCAGAGGUUUUGUACUACAGUCUGGAGAAAGGAAAUGUGGUUCCUCAGAUCAAACACAACCCUUGGAGUCUGCAGUGUCAUCAGCAACACCUACAGAGGAUGAAGGAGAACUCCAAACACAGAAACCAGCACAAAUUUAUUCUGCUGGAAAAUCUAACAUGGCAGUAUGUGGUUCCUUGCGUUCUUGAUCUGAAGAUGGGAACACGUCAGCAUGGGGAUGAUGCCUCUGAGGAGAAGAAAGCAAAUCAGAUUCGCAAAUGCCAACAAAGCACUUCCUCUUCUAUUGGAGUACGCCUCUGUGGUAUGCAGGUGUAUCACAGCACGACAGGGCAGCUGAUAUUCAUGAAUAAGUAUCACGGGCGUAAGCUGAGUCUGACCGGGUUCAAAGAGGCUCUAUGGCAGUACUUCAGUGACGGCCGAGUUCUGCGCAGAGAACUUCUGACCCCAGUGCUGCAAAGACUGAGAGAGAUGAGAGCGGUGCUGGAGGCUUGCGAGAGCUAUCGUUUCUUCUCCUCCUCUCUUCUCAUCAUCUACGACGGGGCUCCACCCCCUGUCCCACCUAGAUCCCGGCCCUCUCGUGGAGGAGAAGAGGAAGAUGAAGAGGACGAUGAUGAAGAUGAGGACGACGAUGAGGAGGGAGCCUACGGAGGACGUCACGAUCACUCCAGCAGCAUUUCACCAAUGGUGGACGUCCGAAUGAUCGAUUUCGCCCACACGACAUGUCGUGAUUAUGGAGAGGACGCCAUCGUCCAUGAAGGUGGAGACAGCGGCUACAUCUUCGGCCUGCAGAAUCUCAUCAGCAUUCUGUCACAGCUUGAAGAGCACAGCAACGACUAAACAUUUGCCAUGCCAAGGCUUACCGUGGGCAUCCUGACCAUGCCAUCAGGGUUUAAAGUUCACGCUUAGCUUGCACUGCUAUG